CGUACUCGUACUCGUACUCGAACUCGAACACUCUGCGCGCACGAUACUCCGCUCGGAAAUGUCAUUUGUCAAUCACAGUGCGAGCGCAACGGUUGUCCGAUCCGAGAGCUAACUGCCAGUUCAGCGGAGAACAGUAAGAGCGACAGUUAAGUUAGGACCUGCGAUUCCGCCGAUUCAAGUUUCGAUUUAGCCAGGUUAGAUAGUAAAACAAAAAAAAAAAAUAAAAAUAAACCGCCGUCGCCGCCUCAGUGUCUCAGUGUGCCAAAAGUGAAGUGCUAAAUAACAAAAAAAAUAUAUAAAGCGAACAACAAAUAUCCAAAAUAAAUAAUGGAUAGCAUCAGCUCUGUGCCUUGGGCCAGUGCCGCCAGUGUCACCUGUCUCUCGUUGGACGUCAAAUGCCACAGUUCCAGCGCCAAAUUGAACUCGAGCUCCGUUUCCGCAUCUCUAGAAUCGCAAACGAUGCGCCACAUUGCGCAUACGCAGCGUUGCAUCAACAGGCUGACCUCGCUGAUGGCCAUGCUGCUGCUGGUCUUGCCAUUGAAUUUCACCCCGGGCCACAGCUGCGGUCCUGGCCGAGGACUGGGCCGUCAUAGGGCGCGCAACCUGUACCCGCUGGUCCUCAAGCAGACCAUACCCAAUCUCUCCGAGUACACAAACGGCGCCUCCGGACCUCGGGAGGGCGAGAUCCGGCGGGAUUCGCCCAAAUUCAAGGACCUGGUGCCGAACUACAACCGGGACAUCCUUUUCCGCGACGAGGAGGGCACUGGAGCGGAUCGUUUGAUGAGCAAGCGCUGCAAGGAGAAGCUGAACGUGCUGGCCUACUCGGUGAUGAACGAGUGGCCCGGCAUCCGCCUGCUGGUCACCGAGAGCUGGGACGAGGAUUACCAGCACGGGCAGGAGUCGCUGCACUACGAGGGCCGGGCGGUGACCAUCGCCACCUCCGACCGCGACCAGUCCAAGUACGGCAUGCUGGCCCGCCUGGCCGUCGAGGCCGGCUUCGACUGGGUCUCCUACGUCAGCCGGCGCCACAUCUACUGCUCCGUCAAGUCAGAUUCCUCGAUCAGCUCCCACGUGCACGGCUGCUUCACUCCGGAGAGCACGGCGCUGCUGGAGAGCGGAGUCCAGAAGCCGCUCGGUGAGCUCUCCAUCGGAGACCGAGUCCUGAGCAUGGCCGCCAACGGACAGGCCGUCUUCAGCGAGGUGAUCCUCUUCAUGGACCGCAACCUGGAGCAGAUGCAGAACUUUGUGCAGCUGCACACGGACGGUGGGGCCGUGCUGACGGUGACGCCGGCUCAUUUGGUGAGCGUUUGGCAGCCGGAGCGAAAGGAGCUGGCCUUCGUGUUUGCGGAUCGCGUGGUGGAGCAGAACCAGGUGCUCGUCCGGGAUGCGGAGACGGGCGAGCUGAGACCCCAGCGCGUCGUCCGGGUGGGCAGUGUGCGCAGCAAGGGCGUGGUGGCGCCCCUUACCCGCGAGGGCACCAUUGUGGUCAACUCGGUGGCCGCCAGUUGCUAUGCGGUGAUCGACAGCCAGUCGCUGGCCCACUGGGGUCUGGCCCCCAUGCGUCUUCUGUCCACGCUGGAGGCGUGGCUGCCCGCCAAGGAGCAGCUGCACAGUUCGCCGAAGGUGGUGACCCAAGCGGAGCGGCAGAAUGGCAUCCACUGGUAUGCCAAUGCCCUCUACAAGGUCAAGGAUUACGUGCUGCCGCAGAGCUGGCGCCACGAUUGAGCAUUCCCUGGCCGCGAUCCACGAUCCUGUAUUGUAUUAUAUCCUGUAGUUAUGUAUAUGCCUAAUGAUUGAUGUAUUUCAAUGUUGAAUAUCGUUUAUAAUCGAUCGUACUAUUUAUUUACCACAAACAACAAAACAAACACCCACAAAACACCCCACCCAAGCGAUAAAGCAAAGAGCUAUUGGAAAAGAAAUCAAAAACGAUAACAAUAACGAAAACGAAAACAAAAACAAAAACAAAAAAAAACAC